AUACAACAAACAUGAAAUUGAUUAUUAUAUUAAUCUCUGUUUUGCUUGGCUUACAGUUUAUUGUUAGCUCUGAUAUUAAACUGAACUGCAAUAAGAAUAAUGAGAAACAAUUGGAUGAAGUAAUACAAAAUCUAUAUCUAUUUGGAGCUCCCGAUAGACAAUACCCGACCGUCAAAAAAGAUAUGAAAAAGUUUUGCAGUGAUAACGAAAAGUAUCAAAAAUUUAUUAAAGAAUACGGAAUUAAAUGUAAGAAAGGUUUGUCUAAACAAGUGUUGGGACUAAUGAUGUAUUCGGUGGCUAAACAUAGCACUGGUAUUUGUAAGUCAAAUCAGAGGACAAAUGAGUUUCUGAAUAUUGGUAAUUGUGGUAAUACUGCUAAAAACGAUACCAUCAAAUGCUGGAAAAAUCUUAUUAAAGCUGUUGAUAGUAUUUCAUAUAAUACUAAUAAUAAAUUGAAAAUACCAUUAAUUUGUUGCAAUUAUUAUGUAUUGAAAACAUGCUCUCAAAAAUCAUAUGAGUCUCGACCUAAUCAAUGUAAUAGUAAAGCCAUCGACGGUCACGAAAAGCUAUUAAAUGCCUUCGCUUUGGACACACUUAAGCUAUUGUGCUCUGAAUAUAACGAAGACAACGACAAGUGCGACAAAAUCAUAUCACAAACCGGAGUCUCAAAACUUAAGGUUUUACCGAAAUCACCGAUUGUUCCGUUUAUUAAAAUACUUGAAGAACUCGAUUAAUAAAUUUCUAUAAUAUAUUUAAAAUUAUAAUAUA